GUCGCUGGUUUGGUUAAAGCAAACUAGCUGGUUAGGUUCCUAUACGCGUUUAAAAGGACCGAUCUGGCUGUACGCGGUUCAGUUCCUGUCCAAAUGUAUAUAUUGUCAAGUAGCUAGUCGUCAGUGCUGUGCAAAAUGGAGGAGGCUCUUUUAGACCAGAUGUAUGGCGACCUUGGUCAUGGCCAGUCUGGCUCCCCUGCGGUUCACGAUGAGGAUUCGGUGGAUAUUUACUCCGGCCUGGACAACAGUCCCAGGAACAGUGAGCAUGCAGGGAAAUUGGGCGUUAUCUUCUCACCAAAACUAAAAGAGUCCAUGGAUUUAUAUGAAGAAAUAAUCACAGAGGAGCAGCAGGAAAGAAACGCUACCUGCAGUGAGCUGAAGACCAAACUGGAUGCAGCACAAAACAAGAUUAAAGAAUUAAUGUAUAACCUGCAGCAAAUGCAGAUACAGAACGCAAACCUGCAAAAGGAGAACACGAGUCUGAAGAAAAACAUAUGCGCCCUCAUUAAAACGGCCCGAAUGGAGAUAGUGAGAAAGGAUGAGGAGAUAAACAGGCUGAAUCAGAGAUCUGGACGGGGUGGAUAUGGUCAGUCCUUCCCUCGGGCUCAGACGAAUUUCCAGAGGAACCAAGGUGGCGGAGGGAAAUCUGCAGUAUCACAUGAUCCACUGGCACACACUCGGACACAAGAGCCGAAAGUGAACUGCGCUCCAAAAGAGCUCUCUGAACGUCACUCUGACACUAGAACCAGUGUCAGCCUGCAGCCUGGACCACCACAUAAGGACGUUUCCCUUUUAACGCCUCCCUGUCAUGAGAGCUCAAGAGGCCCGAGGGCAGACUCACUGCUUCCUAGUAGACACAAUGAUUCCGCUGUCAUUAAAAGUGGCAGAGAUUCUAGAAAGCUUCAGUCUUCCAGCAGGGAGGAGCCCAAUCAGCAAACUUCUGCAGGGAUUGCUGAAAUGCCACAGAAAGUUUCCGAAAAGCAGUCGGUACCAUCACAGGACAUUAAAGGAGGACAGUCUCAGCGCUGUCAGGGGAGAGACCUCCAAAAUUAUGGCGACUCGGGUGUAAAUGAAGAAAGCAAAGUAAAGGCGAGGGAGAAGGUGGACAAAGAAUUGAAGGAGUCGGGAAGAGAUUGUGUCAGGUCCAGCAGAAGCAGGCGUGAGCACUUGAGUCCGGAGCCGCCCAGGAGAUCGGAUAAGGGAAGAAGCCCCCCGCGCAGGAGGAAGCCGAGUCCGUCGUCGGGCAGUUCACAGCAUGCAACUUCCAGUAUUCACUCGUCAAGAACGCGGUCGAGAGACUUGGCUGAGGAGCCUUCUAAGGGCAGCAGUCGGGAGCACAGGCAUAGUAACGAUCGGGACAAGGGAGACCGAAGUUCUCAGGAGUCCGUCGGCAAAGAAGGGAAGCCGAGUGUCUCGUCCGGCCGCAGGGGGGAGGAAUGUCCCGCGAAGGAACAGCACAGGAGAGAGGAGAGGAGGCGAGAGGAGCAAAGCAGGAGCAGAGCAGAGAGAAGCAGCAACAGGACAGAGAGGAGCAAGGAGUAUGAGAGGAGCAAAGGGAAGGACGUGGGAAAGAGCGACCGGGAGGGUACCCGAAAAAUGGGCGAGAGGAAAAGGGGCAAUGAAUCCGAGAGGCACGCCGAUUCAAGGAGCAGCAGACAAGCCACUCCCCCCAGGAAGUCAGCUGCUGGCACUGACAGCAGUGACCCAGUUAAAAAGGACAAACACCAGGUGCCAGUGAGGAAAGAAGGCCCGCUGAAGAGUAGUGACGAAUCAGAGAGAGCUGCAGAGUGUGAAGGGGCUGAGAAAAACCUUCCAGAAGAAAGCGAGAAUAGAAAAUUAAACUUCAUGGAAAGGCUGAACCUGACUCUCUCCCCUGCGAAAAAACCAAGACUGUCCUCGGGAGGCAAGGAGGAGAGCAGCCGACCUGAGGACGCCGAAGACAGCCGAGGGGAGGACAGCGGCCCAUUUGAUUUAGGGGAGGAUUACUGUGUCAUAGAUGAGCUGGACAGCAGUCGUGACAUGGUUCAAGAGAGGGACGAGGUCUUUGAAGCACCAGCGGCCAAGAUCUCUGGAAGUUGCGGUGCAGAAAAUGCUCCAGGACCACCAUCAGAUCCAGGUCUAGCGGAUACUGAAAGUGCAAUUCAAAGACCUGUUUCUGAUGAGGAACCAAAGCUCAAUGCAGAAAGUGGUGGAGCAAAAGAGGUAGACGAAAAUACAGUCCUCCAAAAGGAAGAUGGUAAACUGCAAACUGACACUGUAGCUGAUGACAUCAAACAGAUGCCCAUGGUUACCAAGAAUUGUGGUUCUGUGUCAGAAACAGAGGAUGCUAAUGUUGUAAAAACAACGACGCCUGCUGAGGCUUUAGACCUACAUAGUGCUGCUGAUAAUUGUACAGGGGAUUCUGUGGUUGAGACAGUAAAAGUUACAGAUGACCCCUGUGUGUGCAGUUCAAGUCCUGAAAACAGUAAGUCCACAAAUGUUGAAUCUGUUGUUGCUGCUACCCAAGACCCAGUUGAUGUCAACAUGGAGAAUUGCUCUGCGGACAACAACGGCAGUGUCCAAUCGGAGUGCCAGAAAUCUCCACUUGUCGUCCCGCCUGAGGCUAUUUUGCAAGAUGCGCCCAUUUCUGUUGUCAUGGAUACAUGUCCUGAGGGUGAUGAGACUGGUGGAGAAACCUGUGAUAUGUCCACCGAUGCUGUGUCCAGCACUGUGAGCAUAGAGGUGGUUUCCCAGAGCGUAGAGGCCGUUUCCCAGAGCUCAGACAACACUGAGGUUGCCCCUGCUGUCGUGGAAACGGUGAUCAUUUCCAGUACAGAGCAGGAAAAAGAUGUUGAAAAAACUGUCCUGAGCCACAGCCUGCCGACAGCGGAGAGCGUAGAGAUGGCCAAUGUGAGCAGCACGAUCGUGGAGGAUGUAGGCUGGUCUCGUCCAGGCCAGGACGGUUCUGCUGAGACGCAGAAGGCCCCCCUCAGUUCUGAGCCCGACUCCACUGAGGAUGAGGAGCGGAAUGCUGAGCCCUCGAGUUCCGUCCCAGUACCCAACGACGAGGACUCCAUGAUGCUGACCCUGAAGAGCAUCCGGCACAUUCCAGAAGCAAUCAGCCCCCUCACCAGCCCGGUCCGGCCUGUGAAGAAAAGCCAGCCUCAUUCCUCUGGCAAAUCGCACAUCAAAUCCCUGAGCAAAGACUUUUCCACUGUGACAGGAACAAGAAGGAUGGAUGUGAACAAGGAGAAUGAGAAACCUGAUUGCAGCUCGGCGCAAACCGCAGGCAGGGACUCGGACCAGAACCCGCCCUCUGCCUCCUCCUCCACUUCCUCUGAGGACGAAAAUGAACUGGAGGAAGGAGAAAUUGUCAGUAACAGUGAAGAGGAUGACACCCCAGUAACACCGUCUCCUAAGCCCAGGAAGACCCACUGCGCCACAACUGCUAAGAACCAGCCGAGUCCGAAAUCUCCAAGACUUGCUAAGAAGCAAGCCGAAAAGGCAGCAGCAGUUUCAAAAGGCAGUUCUGGAACAAGAAGCAAAACCACAGCCUCUCCUAAUAACAGCCCCUUAUCAAAUAAGAAGCAGUUCAAAACAAUCUUGCCACUUUUGCCCAGAACCAAUCCUUCCACCAUAUCUGAAGUCAUGGAUAUGUUAAAGCUGAUCCGUACCCAGUUGAGGAAAAAGUACAUGAAACUUCAUAAGAAUUUUCCAAAGAAAUCCUUCUCCAACAUCGUUGACAUGUCUCUCUUCUCUUUUACAGACUUUGUGAAUAAUGUUAACUUCAGUAAAUUUUGCAGUUUGGAAAGCAUUCUGAAACCCAAACUCAAUAGCAUCAUUUCUGCAACUAUGAAUAAGAUCUCAAAUAACGGCAUUGUUACUCGUAUUUUUGAACAGCAGUCUCCGAGCUUGAAAAAGAAGCUCUGGACUUUUGUGGAAGAUCAGUUUGACUUUUUGUUCCGGGAAAUCCAGGCAGCUCUAACAAGUCUGUGCAAAGUCUCAGAUGCGAGACAUUUGCCUAAGACUGAAAACAAUGUAGAAAGAAACAAGGACAAAAAGGAGAUGCAUAAGAUCCAGGCUAAAUCUCCAGUCACUGCAAGCCUUACCACUAAGAGGAAGGCUGGGGAGGUGGCGUCAAUAGAUACCUCUGGAUUACAGGACAAGAAAACCAAGCCUACCCCAGCUGUCCCAUACAGGACUGGUUUGGGCAGUAGGGGCAAAAAUCUGAGGAUGAAUAAGGAGGAAGAGGACCAGGUUUCGGAAACACAAAAGCAAGAACCGCUUUCUGUUCAGUCCCCACCCCACAGUGCCGUCAGCCCAUCCAAAACAUCCCCUCCGACAGAAAAAACGCCCGUCAGUGUACGCAGGCUGUCCCACAGCACCUCGCUCCAGGACAGAUCCGACUUUGAAAUCCUGACUGAGCAGCAGGCGUCCAGCCUGACGUUCAACCUGGUCACAGACUCCCAGAUGGGCGAGAUUUUCAAGUGUCUUCUGCAGGGGUCUGACCUGCUGGAGACCAGUGUCCCCGGAGGGGAACCCCACAGCUGGCCCAUAGGCACCCCGCGGAAGGACGCCCCCUCUGGUGAGAGCUUCAUGUCCUUAACGUCUCCAAAUAAGACAGCCAUGACACCCUCGAAGUUAAUUUCGACAUGGUCGGCAAUCUCGCCAUGCAAAUUUUCCUCCCCGAACUCUAAAAUUCAAAUUCCGUUGAACCCGGCUGUCCUGGACGAGAGCUGCUUGUUAGAGGUUCCCCCGAGCUUGCCCCUCAGAGUGACGGCGUCGUCCACAGGGCCUUCCCAAAGGUCCUACUCCAUCCUAGCGGAGGACCUGGCGGUCUCUCUCACCAUCCCCUCGCCGCUGAAGUCCGACAGCCACCUGAGCUUCCUGCGGGCGGAGAACGGCGAGCCCGCAUCGGCCCCGGACAGCGUCAUCAGCGCCCACUUCAGCGAGGACGCUCUGAUGGACGGCGAGGACGCCACUGAGCAGGACAUCCACCUCGCCCUGGACUCUGACAACUCCAGCGCGGGGUCCAACGGCGGCAGGACGUGGGAGGAGGGGGGCCCCGCCGCUUUUAAGUUCAAGCCGCACCUCCCCAUGCAGGCCGUGGUGAUGGAGAAGUCCAACGACCACUUCAUCGUCAGGAUCAGGCACGCGUCCACCAGCUUUGCCGCCAACCCCGGCCCGAAUCCCGAAAAUUCCGAGUCAGGGUCGCAGGUGGUAACAGGGGACCGGGAGGAGAGGGAAGACACCACACAUUCCAGUUUGGAUUCAUCCCCCAGUGGGGAAAGCCGUGAACAAUCUCAGAAUUCACCUUCAUGUAGCGACCCUGAUGCUCACUUUCCAGAAAAGGGCCCGUCGGAGGCUUUGCCUGCAGAAUGCGGUGUCCCUGGGAUAGCUGUCAAUUCUCAUGACACAAAUUCUCCAAGAGAGCCUGCCAAGGCCCCAUCGGACAGCAAGGCUGAAGAAUCUACAGAAACCUCUGAUCAACGUAUUGUCACAACCCAGGAAAGUAGCGUUUCGGAGGAAAAUGGCAGACGCAGCAAGAAGCGAAAAAAGCACCACUCGGAACCAAGGGCAAAGCGGGCCAAAACAGAAGCAGCCAGAGAGAGAACGCCCAAAGACAGAAAGAAAAAGGCGUCAAAAGGUCAUAAAGACAAAAGAAGUAGGACUCCCAAAAGAAAGAGGAGCAAGUCAAAGGUCACUCCGCUGUCUCCUAACAGUCUGUCCGCUAAGAAUGUUAUCAGAAGAAAGGGUGAGGUGGUGGUGACGUGGACCAGGGAGGAAGACCGGGAUAUCCUCAUUGAAUUGAAGAUGAAGGGCGCUUCUCCAGAAACAUUUUCUGGUCUUUCUGCAAAGAUAAACAAAUCGCCGUCUCAGAUUGCGGAGAGGUUCUGUCAGCUCAUGAAGCUUUUUAAGAAGAAGGAGAGGAUGGAAAGCUGAGUUCUUGGGAGCAGUGAGGUCAUUUGUGUGCCCAGGCAUCCUAUGGGAGUGAAACCAGGAAGUGACACAGUGAUUAGUCCUGCACCCUGAAAUGAGUAACGUGGGAGUGGUAAUUUGACUGCAGGUUGUCAUUGUCUGUCAGAUCACAAAUUGUUGAGGGAAGCUUUGUGUUUCACUGAUAAUCGGGUGACGCCAAGGCAAUAAAACCCUAGACCCCAACAGGGGAAUGCACUUACGCCCUGAGAGGGGGGGGCACAGCUGUGGUUACGCCCCUCAAACCCGGCGGGAAGCCAAUGGCAUCCACUGGUGUGAAGGGUCAGCGCUGGGAAGAAUGGAAAGAGCAGAUACUGUAAGAUGUCCCAAGUUCAAAAGAACUUUUUUUGCGUUGUUUUUGGCUGGAUCGUUAUAAGACAGCUCUCCUUGCCCUAAAAAAAGAGACUGAGGCAAGUACAUUACAUGUCAAUUACAGCAUACCUCCAGUGAUAUAUUUUUUUGGUGAUUAACUUAUGCAUUCAUUUAUGGAAGCAGUUUAUUGAAUGGUUACAGACGCACCAGAGUUUGAACAAGAUUGCCUUCACAAAAAAUGUUUUUAACAUAUCCAGUUAAAAAUAUUCAUGCGAUCCAAGUAUCGAAGUGGUUGGUGCUGGAUCAACGGCUGAAUCGGCACAACGCAGUGCUCACACUUUCGUUCUAUGCAGUCUGAAUUGUCCUUUGCUGUUUUCAGAAGAUCUACCUCAUUCCGGUUGCUUUAGGUUACCUGUCAAAGGAAGUUUGAAACACUCCGUGUGGCACUUUUGGACUUCAGCCACACUGUUUUGCCAGAUCUUAGAACGGUUGUGUCAAACUUCCUUUGAGUUGUAAUGAAACGGGACAGAAACUGAAAGAUGGGAAUUAAAAUCUCAUUCUAUGAAUAAAUGUGACGUUAUUUUUUGAAGACCACAAAUAACAUCCGUUUUUAGUUAGGUGUUCAC